AAGACAUUGAACAAACACGUGGUCUGACGAAAACGAGACAUUUCAAAAGCAACAACUCCUUGAAACUAUAAUUAGGCCUACACAUUAGAGACAUAGGGCUCGUCUACAUUAGGUCACCAAAAUGCAUGCAUAGAACAGUCCCUCGUUUGGGGUUUCUCCUCUUUUUCUUGGGUCAUCGUUUUAGAGGCCCAGAACCAAAACAUUUCGAUGAUGACCUUUGCCAUGCUGCGGCCAAUGGCGACUCAUAUGAUCAGCUACCCAGACUUGGGUAUGAUGUCCGAGGCGGAGGAUAACCGCAGUGAGAGCGACGGUAGCUCGGAUCAGAGCUAUGGAUGCUGCGUCUCCGCUGACAAACGUCGGAGGAUUUCCAGAAAAUCGGGAGGCAGCGGUGUUGUAAUAGUGAAACAGCGGAACGCAGCCAAUGCCAGGGAGCGCGACCGUACACAAAGCGUCAAUUCGGCAUUUACUGCACUCCGGACUCUUAUACCCACUGAGCCGGUGGACAAAAAGCUCUCCAAGAUUGAGACGCUUCACUUGGCAUCCAGCUAUAUCUCCCACCUCGCCAACACCCUGCUGCUCGGAGACGGGAAUGGAGAUGGACAACCUUGUCUUGGCGCGGUUUACGUGCAAGGAGAAAGCGGUCGAAAGCAGCCUCGCACCAUCUGUACCUUCUGUUUGAGCAACCAAAGAAAGCGGAUUAAUGAUGGCAAAGAGAUGCGGGGUAUUGGUUCACUGAGGAUGAGCCGCAGAUAGAAGACCAGACAAUAAACCACAGCAACCAGAACCAAAACACCCCAUUCACAACUCAGG